AUGAUGAAAGUGGCCCUUGUCCUGCUGUUAGCUGGCUACGCUUAUGGGUGUGGCACACCCACCUAUACGCCCUCUGUGAGCCGUGUUGUUAAUGGGGAAGAUGCUCGACCCUACAGCUGGCCCUGGCAGAUCUCUCUGCAAUAUCUCAGCGGCUCCACCUACCGUCACACCUGUGGAGGCACUCUGCUCGCUCCCAACUGGGUCAUGACUGCGGGCCACUGCAUCGGAGCUCGUACCUAUCGUGUGGUGCUGGGCGAGUACGACCUCACCAAAGAGGAGGGCUAUGAGCAGAUCAGAAGUGUGGAGAAGAUCGUGGUUCACCCAGGCUGGAAUGAUAACUGCCUGUCUUGUGGUAAUGACGUUGCGAUGAUUAAACUGGCCUCACCUGCCAUUGUGAACGACAAGGUGCAGCCCUCCUGUGUGCCAGAGAGUGGAGAGAUCGCUCCUCACAAUGACCCCUGCCAAAUCACGGGCUGGGGAAGACUCUACAGUGGUGGUCCCAUUGCCUCUAAGCUCCAACAGGCUCUCCUUCCUGUGGUUGGGCACAGCGUCUGCAGCAGCAGCGGCUGGUGGGGGAGCUCUGUGAAACCCACAAUGAUCUGCGCUGGUGGUGACAUCCGAUCUGGCUGCCAUGGGGACUCAGGAGGCCCUCUGAACUGCAGGGGUGGUGAUGGGAGGUGGUACGUGCAGGGUGUGACCAGCUUCGUCUCCUCUCGAGGAUGCAACACCCUCAUGAAGCCCACGGUGUUCACUCGCACCUCUUCCUUCACCAAGUGGAUCAGUGACACGAUGCUGCAGUACUGA